CAAAUGUUUCAGAUAAUUUGGAGGAUCGAAUACGUGAAUUUAAGAUUCGGAAAUUUGAUCUUAAUCGGGAAGCUUUAAAUUUGCAAUCAGAAGCAAAGUAUGCACAAGCAGAAUGUGUAGCCUUAGGUGGCUCUUUUGGUGUAUUUGUUGGCAUUAUUGCUGGAGUUGGUGUAGGCUCUUAUAUGGUUCCAUUUGACGGUGGUGUGGUGUUUUUGUCGACUGUUCUUGCGAGUAUGUGUGCUGGCUCUAUGUUCGGUCAAAUAUUAGAAGAAAAGAUUAAUAAGUCUGCUCAAAAUAAAACCAGAAAAGCUGAUGAAAUUUAUGAAAAAGUCGAAUACGUUAGCAAGAUCGUUGAAGAUGUUGAGACAUUUAAAUCAAGUGUUCAGAAAUUCGAAAAAUUUUGGACAGGACAUGUUGAACAUCUUACCAGUGUACAACAAAUAAUUGAAAAUUCAUCAAAAGGUGAUAUUGAUUUGAAACCUAUUAAUAUUCAAACCAUUUUUAAUGAUUGGAAUAGGGCCAAAAAUUCUUUGUAUAACUAUGGAAUUAGUGCAGAGGAUUUUCGAAUUUGGCCUUAA